GCGUCCCUCCUUUCGAGAGCGUCUGAACCCAGCAGUGCGGACCAUCCACCGGCGUUACUUUUUUACUUUUACAUCGCUGGUUGAGCUGCGUCGCUAUGUCUGCCAUAAAAGCUCUGAACCCCAAAGCGGAGGUGGCCAGGGCCCAGGCCGCACUAGCGGUCAACAUCAGUGCCGCCCGGGGGCUCCAGGAUGUGCUGAAAAGUAACCUGGGACCAAAGGGGACCAUGAAAAUGCUGGUGUCUGGUGCUGGAGACAUUAAGCUCACCAAAGAUGGCAACGUCUUGUUGCACGAGAUGCAAAUUCAGCACCCGACGGCGUCGCUCAUUGCAAAGGUUGCCACGGCGCAGGAUGACAUAACUGGAGACGGAACCACAUCAAAUGUCCUCAUCAUUGGUGAACUGCUGAAGCAAGCUGACCUCUAUGUGUCAGAGGGUCUUCAUCCAAGAAUCAUUGCUGAGGGCUUUGAGUCGGCCAAAGAGAAAGCUUUGGCAGUUCUGGAGGAGUUGAAGGUGACUCGGGAAAUGGACAGAGAGACCCUCAUCAACGUAGCGCGCACCUCCCUCAGAACCAAGGUCUACUCCGAGCUGGCAGACCUGCUCACGGAGGCUGUAGUAGAUGCUGUGCUGGCCAUUACUAAACCUAAUGAGCCCAUUGACCUGUACAUGGUGGAGAUUAUGGAGAUGAAGCACAAGACCGACUGCGACACACAGCUGAUCAGAGGUUUGGUGCUGGACCACGGUGCCCGACACCCGGACAUGAAGAAGAGGGUGGAGGAUGCCUACGUGCUGACCUGCAACAUCUCUUUGGAGUAUGAAAAGACUGAGGUCAACUCUGGCUUCUUCUACAAGAGUGCUGAGGAGAGGGAGAAGCUUGUGGCUGCGGAGAGGAAAUUCAUUGAAGAUCGCGUGCAGAAGAUCAUCAGCUUCAAGAACAAAGUCUGUCCCAAUGGGGAGAAGGGCUUUGUCGUCAUCAACCAGAAGGGUAUUGAUCCAUUCUCCCUGGAUUCCCUUGCCAAGGAGGGCAUCGUAGCCCUGCGCAGGGCAAAGAGGAGGAAUAUGGAAAGACUCACUCUGGCUUGCGGUGGUAUUGCCAUGAAUUCAGUUGAUGACCUCACACUCGAGUGCUUGGGAUAUGCUGGGUUGAUUUAUGAACACACACUAGGAGAGGAGAAGUUCACGUUCAUUGAGAAGUGUGGGAACCCUCGCUCGGUCACCCUACUGGUGAAGGGACCCAACAAACAUACGCUGACGCAGAUCAAAGAUGCCGUCAGGGAUGGUUUACGGGCCGUCAAGAACGCGAUCGAAGACGGAAGCGUGGUGCCCGGUGCAGGUGCGUUCGAGGUGGCUGUGGCGGACGCUCUGGUGAAACAUAAGCCCAAUGUGAAAGGCCGAGCCCAGCUGGGAGUCCAGGCAUUCGCAGAUGCUCUACUAGUCAUCCCCAAGGUUCUGGCCCAGAACUCUGGCUACGACCCCCAGGAGACUCUGCUGAAGCUGCAGACUGAGUACAAAGACAGUGGUCUGCUAGUUGGAGUGGACCUCAACACAGGGGAACCCAUGGUGGCAGCAGAUGCAGGCGUUUGGGAUAAUUACAGCGUAAAGAAACAGCUUCUCCAUUCAUGCACGGUCAUUGCCAGCAACAUCUUGCUGGUGGAUGAGAUUAUGCGCGCUGGAAUGUCUUCUCUCAAAGGUUAAAGGUGAACUAAAAGAAGCGGCAGCAAGGAUAGUUGUUUACCUGACAAUUCAGUCAACGUGGACCUGCUCUAGGAAGUCUGAAGCACCGCAGGCUGAUGGAGGACCAGCUGUAAUCCCCACGGCAUCCAUCGCAGCGUCUGUCAGAACCAUUGUAAUGCUAGUCAUAUUAUUUUCCAUGAAUUUCAUGUCAAUGCCUUCAUCUGAUGGUUUAUUUAUGAGAUUUUGUUCAAAGCACUGGCAUCUGCCCCUCAGUUCUGUUUCCAUUAAAGGUUUUUUUGGCUCUUGAA